CGCAGUAGACGAGCGAACGCAGAUUCGCACUUCGUUUUCUCCAUUACGCUCGCGCCUCCCUCUCCCUCUCCCUCUAGGAGGAGAAAUACGAAGAAGGGUUUCUUUCGCCCAGAGCGAGUUCGUUCAUGAUCCAGGGUUUUUGCCCGAGUUACUGUUGGGGGAUAGCAUUCGCUUUUCUGAGAUUUCGCGACAUCUCUCAUUCUCUUCUUAUUUACACAAUUACACUCGUGAUUUGUGACGAGGAAGAGGGCUUCCAGUCUACUGAGCGAUAGAAGAAUCGCGGGAUUUGAUGGUAAUUAUACUCUAGGGUUUGGGUAUUGCUUUCUUUUUCCUUCAUUUUUUUGUUUGGUCUUUCUUUUGGAUCCAGAUGACGCGUCGUGGUUAGGGUUUUUUGGUGUUGACUCUGGCGUUGUCCUGGGCACGUAAGAAUAUGUAACUGUCGGAUUUGAUAUGAUUGAAGGAGAAACACAACUAGAUUUUAACCUAAAUAUUUAGUUUGCACUCAAGUUCGACCUUCGGUCUUGUUCAGGGGAAAACGAGUGUUGCGGCUUGGUGACUUGCUUUUUGAUCUGGUUAUUGAGGAAUUAAAGAACUCUGUUCACUGAAAACUCUGAAUUAAAUUUCAUCCUGAAUCAACAUGACCAGAUAUUGACCCAAUACAGAAAUUGUUUGUUGUCUUAUCCUGGAAGAACGCCGUGGAUUUUCUAGGACAAGCGGGGAUAAAUCUUACUCCGCGUUUGAUAUGUGCAGAUCUAGGGGAUUAAUCUUAUGGCACCAACAGUACUUUUAGAGUACACUGGGCAGAAGGAAUCAACGAAGUACUCGCAGAAAGUUUCCGUCGCAAUAAUGGGGAAAACGCAGAAAUCCUCCUCUAAGGGGUAUUCUUCUGGUCUCGUUCCGGAUUAUCGCCAUGCUGCCGAGACCUCCGAAGGGUUUGGUAGCUCAGGUCGGGUUGACACGGAGGUGACGGUUUCGGAGGAUUCUUGUGCCCCCAAAAGGAAAUGCAUUAGUCUGAACGUUGAUAGUUGUGAUGGAUUUGGCGUCCCCAUACAGGUUCUGUCAGUGUCGAAGAUGUCACCUUCAGAAAGGAGGGAUUUGGAACGGAGACUCAGAACGGAGCUUGAACAGGUUAGGAUCCUUCAGAAGAAGAUAGCGGUGAGGAGCACUAAUGGUGUUGUUGCCCUGUCUUCUACCAGUGAUAUCCGCGGUGGCAGUGAUGCACGAAAGAGACCUCCAUCUUCAGAGCUAUCUUCUGGGAUGGGCAAGAAACGGGUACCUCCAGGCCGAAACGGGUCCCACUUGAAGCGGGGUCUUUCAGGAAGGUUUGAAUCCGCAAAACAGGUUCCACCAUCAAGCACAUCAAAUGCAAUGCUGAUGAAACAGUGUGAGACAUUGUUGAGACGUUUGAUGGCACACAAUCAUGGCUGGGUAUUCAACAGUCCUGUUGACGUAGUUAAAUUGAAAAUUCCUGACUACUUCACUAUCAUCAAACAUCCCAUGGAUCUGGGGACAAUUAAGAACAAGAUCGCUUCUGGUGAGUACUCCUGUCCGUGGGAUUUUGUUGCAGACGUGAGGCUUACUUUCUCCAACGCAAUGACGUACAACCCUCCUGGAAAUGAUUUCCACGGCAUGGCUGAUGCUCUCAGUAAAUAUUUUGAAGUGAGAUGGAAAUCAAUUGAGAAAAAACUUCAGGCAAAUGAUACAAAGCCGGUUCCUCAGAAAGUCAAUGUGGUUCCCACAGAAGAGGAAGUAGCUAAACCAAUGCCACCUUCCAAAAAGAGGAAAGUUUCUUCAACCCAUCAAAAGGUUAAGCCAGAAUGUGCCAAGAGGAUAAUGACUGAUGAAGAGAAACAUAAGCUGAGCAGAGAAUUGGAAUCUCUAGGGGAUAUGCCUGAAAACAUUGUUGAUUUCCUUAGAGGACACAGUUUUGGUGCAACCCAAACUGGGGAGGAUGAGAUUGAGGUUGACAUUGACGCUCUUAAUGAUGAUACUUUAUUUACAUUACGGAAGCUUUUGGACGAUUACUUGCGGGAAAAACACGCAAACCAGGCAAAAGCCGAGCCUUGUGAAAUGGAGCUCUUGAAUGAAUCUGGACUAAGCAAUUCAUCUAUGCAACUUUGCAAAGGUAAUGAACCUGCCGAGGAGGAUGUUGAUAUUGGUGGGAACGAUCUGCCUGUUUCAAGCUACCCUCCAGUGGAGAUAGAGAAAGAUGCAGUCCAUAGGAACAGUAAAUGUAGUAGUUCAAGUAGUUCGAGUAGUGAUUCUGGUUCCUCAUCAAGUGAUUCAGAUACUGCCAGUUCUUCAGGCAGUGAGUCGGAUGGUGCCAAAGCUAUGUCUCCGCCUAAUACAGCUAAAGGAACCUUAGGUUCUGAAGUGGAGCUAGAACAAACGAGAGGUGAUCCUGUUGAUUCACAUGAUGGAAACCAAUCUAUUAGUGGGUUGGAUCAACUUGAGCAGAGUGCCCUACCCAAGCCAGUUUCUCACGAGGCAGGGCGUCAAGAGGGGGAGAGUGCUCCACCAUCUGAGAGGCAGGUCUCUCCUGAAAAGCUGUAUCGAGCAGCUUUACUGAGGAGUCGUUUUGCUGAUACCAUUCUCAAAGCUCGGGAAAAGGCACUUGAUCAGGGUGAGAAAGGGGAUCCUGAGAAACUACGGCGUGAGAGAGAGGAACUUGAGAGGCAGCAAAGAGAAGAGAAAGCUCGACUUCAAGCAGAAGCCAAGGCUGCUGAAGCUGCUCGAAGGCAAGCUGAAGCCGAAGCUGCAGCUGAAGCCAAACGGAAGAGGGAGCUUGAAAGAGAGGCAGCACGUCAGGCACUACAGAUGAUGGAGAAAACUGUUGAGAUAAAUGAAAAUUGCCAAUUUCUGGAGGACUUGGAAAUGCUUAGAUCUGCACCUGCUGAACCGUUACCAAGUUCUGUAGAUGAAACAAGCCCAGAUCAUUCUCAAGAUGGCUUAGGUAGUUUCAAGUUUCGGGGAAGUAAUCCCUUGGAGCAACUUGGAUUAUACAUGAAAAUGGAUGAUGAAGAGGAAGAAGAAGUUGAGCCGACUGGUGUGCCUGACCCAGGAAAUGAUGUAGAGGAAGGAGAAAUAGAUUGAUUGGGUAUUUUUGAUGGCCAAUAUCUAUUCUUUUGAUCCACCUAAGAUGGCUUGGACCCAACAACUUGUUUGGUUAUCAGUGGGAUAUUGAGUUCUCUUUCUGCAAUGGGAUGCCAAGGUUUCGCCUUCCUCUGCUUUCAGCAGCUUCACACCAGCCACUGAGAUUAUUUACAGACAUGAAACGACGGGUGAAACAAAAUUCUGUUUGAGUUUUUUGGCAUGGAUUUUUGGCUUUUUGGGUGGCAAGAUGACCGGUGUGGUUUCUACGACCUGGUGAAGUGCAUAAUGGGGUGUAAAGGAUGUAUUGAUAGCCACGAAUAUCGAUCCUGUGCCUAUUUUUUGUAUAAAAGAAAAAAUCAUACUUCCACCAGGUAUCGUGGUAAGUGUUGCAGUUGGGGACUGCCAUUCAUGUUUAAUGAUGAGAAGAGGAAGAGAGGGAUAUUAUUACAUUGGAGUUUGUUUUGUCGAUAUGAAACCUGGUAUUCCCUGUUCUUAAAAUUGGUCUGUCAAUGUGCUUGAUCCAUGAGCAUGAGAGUGAUGAGAUCUUGAAGAAACGAAACUCCAUUCAGUGGGAACUCUGGGAAGGAAGGCAAGGAAAAAUUUUGGGGUGGUUUUCGUCUUCUUUUCUUUAUUUAUUUUUAUUCUUUUGCGCUUUAAAGCGCGUGAGAUGUAAUAGAAAGGGUUUAUUGGCUUCUUGGAUGUUUCAUUUUUUUUCCCAGAAAUGAGGAUGCAUGGAUGCACCUGCAUCUUGAAAACGA